AUGUUUGUGGAGCUGUGGUUACGAAGACACACUGAUUGCACCUCUCUUAAGCGUGCGGGGGGCUGGUCCCCGUCAGACAGUGACCACUAUCAGUGGCUCCAGGUGGAUUUUGGCAGUCGGAAGCAGAUGAGCGCCAUCGCCACCCAAGGGAGAUACAGCAGCUCCGACUGGGUGACACAGUACCGGCUGCUCUACAGUGACACGGGCAGGAACUGGAAACCCUACCACCAGGACGGCAACAUCUGGGCCUUCCCCGGGAACAUCAACUCGGACGGUGUGGUCCGGCACGACCUGCAGCACCCGGUGACCGCGCGCUAUGUGCGCCUGGUGCCCCUGGACUGGAACGCGGAGGGCCGCAUCGGGCUGCGUGCCGAGGUCUACGGCUGCCCCUACUGGGCUGACGUCAUCAAUUUCGAUGGCCAUGUUGUGUUGCCAUACAGAUUCAAAAAUAAGAAGAUGAAAACACUGAAAGAUGUCAUUGCCCUGAAAUUUAAGACCUCUGAGAGUGAAGGGGUCAUCCUGCAUGGGGAAGGACAGCAAGGAGAUUACAUCACUCUGGAGCUCAAGAAAGCCAAGCUGGUCCUCAGCUUGAACCUUGGAAGCAACCAGCUGGGUCCCAUCUAUGGCCACACGUCGGUGACGGCUGGCAGCCUGCUGGACGAUCACCACUGGCACUCAGUGGUCAUCGAGCGCCAGGGCCGUGGCAUCAACCUCACACUCGACAGGAGUGCACAGCACUUCCGCACCAACGGCGAGUUUGACUACCUGGACCUGGACUAUGAGAUAACCUUUGGAGGAAUACCUUUCUCUGGCAAGCCAAGUUCGAGCAGCAGGAAGAAUUUCAAAGGCUGUAUGGAAAGCAUUAACUACAACGGUGUCAACAUCACUGAUCUUGCCCGAAGGAAGAAGUUAGAGCCCUCCAAUGUGGGGAACCUGAGCUUCUCCUGCGUGGAGCCCUACACUGUGCCCGUCUUCUUCAACGCCACCAGCUACCUGGAGGUGCCCGGCCGGGCCGACCAGGAUCUGUUCUCCGUCAGCUUCCAGUUCCGCACCUGGAACCCCAAUGGCCUCCUGCUCUUCAGCCACUUCGCCGAGAACCUGGGCACCAUCGAGAUUGACCUGGCCGAGAGCAGAGUCAGUGUCCACAUCAACGUCACCCAGACCCGGAUGAGCCAGAUCGACAUCGCCUCAGGUUCUGGGCUGAACAACGGUCAGUGGCACGAGGUCCGUUUCCUGGCCAAGGAGAACUUCGCCGUCCUCACCAUCGACGGUGAUGAGGCUUCAGCGGUCCGGACCAACAGCCCUCUCCAGGUCAAAACUGGCGAGAAGUACUUCUUUGGAGGUGUCCUGAACCAGAUGGUGAGCUCGGGGGUCUCCCUGCUGCAGCCUUCCUUCCAGGGCUGCAUGCAGCUCAUCCAGGUGGACGACCAGCUGGUGAACCUGUACGAAGUGGCUCAGAGGAAGCCCGGCAGCUUCGCCAAUGUCAGCAUAGACAUGUGCGCCAUAAUAGACAGAUGUGUGCCCAACCACUGUGAGCACGGGGGAAAGUGCUCGCAGACGUGGGACAGCUUCAAGUGCACGUGUGACGAGACGGGCUACAGUGGGGCCACCUGCCACAACCCCAUCUACGAGCCAUCCUGUGAGGCCUACAAGCACCUGGGCCAGACCUCCAACUACUACUGGAUCGACCCCGACGGCAGCGGAGCCCUGGAGCCUCUGAGGGUCUACUGCAACAUGACAGAGGACAAAGUGUGGACCAUCAUGUCUCACGACUCGCAGAUGCAGACGACGGUGGUGGGCUCCACCCCAGAGAAGUACUCGGUGACCCAGCUCGUGUACAGCGCCUCCCUGGACCAGAUUGGUGCCGUCACCAGCAGCGCCGAGUACUGUGAGCAGUACGUCUCCUACUUCUGCAAGAUGUCGCGGCUGCUCAACACCCCAGACGGAAGCCCUUACACCUGGUGGGUCGGCAAAGGCAACGAGAAGCACUACUACUGGGGGGGCUCCGGCCCUGGCAUCCAGAAGUGCGCAUGUGGCAUCGAGCGCAACUGCACGGACCCUCAGUACUUCUGCCACUGUGACGCGGACCACAAGCAGUGGAGAAAGGACGCCGGCUUCCUGUCCUACAAAGACCACCUGCCCGUCAGCCAGGUGGUGGUCGGAGACACGGACCGGCCGGGCUCCGAGGCCAAGCUGAGCGUGGGCCCGCUGCGCUGCCAAGGAGACAGGAACUACUGGAACGCCGCCUCCUUCCCAGACCCGUCGUCCCACCUCCACUUCUCCACUUUCCAAGGGGAGACCAGCGCCGACAUUUCCUUCUACUUCAAAACGCUGAUCCCACGUGGGGUGUUUCUGGAAAACCUGGGGAACACAGACUUCAUCAAGCUGGAGCUGAAGUCUGCCACAGACGUGUCCUUCUCCUUUGACGUCGGGAACGGGCCAGUGGAGAUCGUGGUGAGGGCGCCGUCCCCGCUCAACGACGACCAGUGGCACCGCGUCACCGCCGAGAGGAACGUCAAGCAGGCCAGCCUGCAGGUGGACCGGCUGCCGCCGCAGGUGCGCAAGGCCCCAACGGAAGGGCACAGGCGCCUGGAGCUGUACAGCCAGCUGUACGUGGGUGCCGCUGGCGGCCAGCAGGGCUUCCUGGGCUGUAUCCGCUCCCUGCGGAUGAACGGGGUGACGCUGGACCUGGAGGAGAGGGCCAAGGUCACCUCUGGCUUCGUGUCCGGCUGCUCGGGGCACUGCACCAGCUACGGGGCCAACUGUGAGCACGGCGGCCGGUGUGUGGAGAGGUACCAUGGUUACUCCUGCGACUGCACCCACACGGCCUACGAGGGCACCUUCUGCAACAGAGAUGUUGGUGCCUUUUUUGAGGAGGGAAUGUGGCUCCGGUAUAACUUCCAGGCUGCAGGCACCAGUGCCAGAGAAGCCCCCGGCAGAGCUGUUGGCGCGACUGACCCGCAGAGCCCAGCCCCCGACCUGGCUCAGGAGCAGCUCAGCUUCAGCUUCAGCACCUCCAAGGCGCCCUGCAUCCUGCUCUACGUCAGCUCGCACACCACCGACUUCCUGGCCGUGCUCCUCAAGCCCACCGGAAGCUUACAGAUUCGGUACAGCCUGGGCGGCACCCGUGAGCCCUACAACAUCGACGUGGACCAUAGGAGCAUGGCCAACGGGCAGCCACACAGCCUGAAUGUCACCCGCCAGGAGAGGACACUCCUGCUGCAGCUUGAUCACUACCCUCGCGAGAGUUACCAUCUGCCAAGUUCGUCUGACACCCUGUUCAAUUCCCCCAAGUCGCUCUUUCUAGGAAGAGUUAUAGAAACAGGGAAGAUUGACCCCGAGAUCCACAAGUACAACACCCCGGGCUUCACCGGCUGCCUCUCCAGGGUGCAAUUCAACCGCAUCACCCCCCUCAAGGCUGCCCUGCGGCAGACGAACGCAUCGGCCCAGGUCCACGUGCAGGGACAGCUUGUGGAGUCCAACUGCGGUGCCUCCCCACUGACCAUCUCCCCCAUGUCAGCCGCCACUGACCCUUGGCACCUGGACCACCUGGAGUCAGCCAGUGCUGAUUUUCCAUACAACCCAGGACAAGGACAAGCCAUACGGAAUGGCGUCAACAGGAACUCAGCCAUCAUCGGAGGGGUCAUAGCUGUGGUGAUUUUCACCAUUCUCUGCACCUUGGUCUUCCUCAUUCGAUACAUGUUCCGUCACAAGGGCACCUACCACACCAACGAGGCGAAGGGCGCGGAGUCGGCAGAGAGUGCGGACGCUGCCAUCAUGAACAACGACCCCAACUUCACAGAGACCAUUGAAGAAAGCAAAAGGGAAUGGCUCAUUUGAGGGUGGCUCUUUGGCUAUGGGGUGGGGCGAGAGAGAGGGACAAAGCACCCUGCUUCACACUCUCGAGCACAUCCUUAAAAUAUCAGCACAAGUUGGGGAGGCAAGCAACAGAAAAUUCUUGAGACUGAUCACCACAAAAAAAGAGAUACUUUUUAAUAUUUCUUUAUAGCUGAGUUUCCCCUUCGGUAUCAAAACAAAAUAAUACAAAAAUGCUUUUAGAGUUUAAGCAAUGGUUGAAAUUUGUAGGUAGUACCUGUCUUAUUUUGUGUGUGUUUAGAGGUGUUCUGAAAACCCGUGAUAACAGGGCAAGUUUUCUACAUUUUUAAGAGCCCUUAGAAGGUGGAUAUUUUUUCUUGAGAAAAGCUGAUAAACAUACACAUGGCCUCCAGUGUUCUCGUCCUUGGCAUAUAGUCAACUUUAACAGGCAGCCGUAGUAACUAGUCCGUGUUCACGUAUUUCAUUUGGUGUCCUAUAAAUCUGAAAGGGAAAGACGGGGGCGAAGAGAGCCUAUUAUUUGCCAGUUUUCAGAGAGAUCUCAAUCUGUCCUGAUUCUCUGAGGGUCCCGCCUAACACAGCAGUUGUAGGAAGAGGGUGUCUGGAACCUGUCGUGUAAAACAGUCAGCACAGCUGGAGAGAAGCAUUAAGAACUACAGAAAGUAACUUCAUACUGGGAUUGUCGGUUUUAUUUUUCAGUGGAUUCUAAAAGAUAAUGGUGUUCCAUGUACAUAGCCUUAGACCCAUUCAAUAUCUAACUUUCAGCUACAAUUUUUCUGUUACAAAAGGUUUCUCCUCGGCUCUUCCUGAAAUAUGUUGGAUUGCGUCAUCUGUGUGUGAAAGCACCUCAGUGGAGAUUAGAGCCAGGUGUGAUGGCUUGUUCGCUUCUGCUGCUUCUAUAGACGUAGCGAAAGCACCUCCUAGGGAAUGCGUGAAUUAAGUUGCUCUUCUUAUUUUGCUUUAAGCCUCUAGUUUUUAAUCCCUUUGUGACAAAAUCCUAGCAAACAGUGUCCUCUAAACGGAUACAUCACAAUAAAGCCGAGUUAUCACUGUUAUUACUAUUGCUGUUACUUUGGAAUCCUGUGGAAAACACUGCCACGUGUUAAGUCACCCACACCUCAUAUUGUUCCGUCCAAAAUAGACCUACUGCCAUGAUGCAGGAUCUCCUAUGGCAGACACAUCUGAGCCUUGGGUUUGUCCCAAAAGUGGUAGGUGGCCGUUGCUUCUCAGAGAACGGAUGUGUCUUGUCAAACGUACCACUCAGUUGAACCAGGAAUCUUGACCACUUAUUCCAAUGAAUAACCCAUUGGUUGUACUUAAAAAUAAUAGACUUUGUGUAACCAAAUGGGAACAAAACUCCCUACUGGAGCAUCCGAAAGACCAUUUCAUUUAUUUAUUUUAAAAAAAAAAAGAGUGCACAAAGGUUAUUUCCACAAUGAUGACCAUUUACAAUCAUUAUACUUCAGGUUUCUUAUUAUACUUUAUAAGCACUUCUUAAAAAUUCUUUAGAUUCCAACAUUUUGAGGAAAUAAGUAUGAUCACUUUUUUGCUCUUCUUCCUGGAAAGGGAUAGGAUGAGAUUUAAAAGGCAUGGAUGCUAUUUUUCCAGUGGCCUCUGUCAAUGAAAUGGAAACUAGUUUGUUGGGAUUGUAGCCCCUUACUCUUCAGGAUCCUGGGUGUGCCUCACUUGCUGGAGGCUCUUCAGUUUCUUGGGUGAUGGGACUGUCAUCCCGAGCUGUGACUGGCACAUGGCGCCAGCAUGGCUCAUUCCAAAGGCGCCAUUGGACCUGCCAAACCCGCCAAGUCAAGGUAACAGAACAGAAGGGGGUCCGAUGCCUUCUCACAGUGAUGACCUCAGGCACGAUCGGGAACACCCUUAACUUAAAAAGGUCUAGAUCAUUCUUCUAUAAAACGCACUAAGAACAGGAAACUAUUUAAUAGGAUUAACUGUCAAAACAAUGUAAUGGUUACAAAUGACGUAUUGCAAACAAGGCUAUUUAUUUCACCAAGAAGACUGUCAUUAAGGAACCUCUUAUGUAUUGUCACAUGGAAAAAACACAUUUUAAACAUUAUGUUCUGAGGUGUUUCUGGGGUUUUUUUAACUUUUACAGGUAUUACUUUUGCAUGUAACAGUGCCAGAUGGGAAUGCACUAUUUCUUGCAUUUCCCAUGAUAACUCUACUCUUUAUGCAUUGCCUCAGCACUUUCCGCUUCUUCCCAAAAUGAUUAGGGGAUUCAAACAAUCAAUAACAGCCCCUGAUACAGAAAUGUCCUCCCCCUUCCUCUUCCUGCUCUUCUGUCCUCCUUCCUGCCACAGAAGGUGAACAGUAAAACCCAGAGCUUCUUUCACCAACUUUCUACUCCUAGGGCCCUGGACCAGCCAGAGGGUAGUGGCUCACCCACAUCCCCAUCAAUU